UUUGCCAUGGUAAUGGAAGGUGCCAUAUUCAAAAAGCCUCUUGGUGGCUUAUUGGCAAAUACUCUUUUCAGAAAGCAAGUUCUGUUUGAGAACCGAUCUUUUACAUAAUUCAUCGGCCACCUGCAAAUUUGAAUAUCUCAAGUGGGAACAAAAACAUAACUUCAUGAUUUCCUUUCUGUCUCGAAACUGGAGGUUAUGGACAUUGUGUUUAGAUUAAGUCAGCGGUUUGAUAUUAGGCCAGACCAUUGAUUCUGCAUGUUCUUCCAGCCUCAAGCCACUGCUGAUUUUCCAGAAGGGCUCGUUACAGUAUUACAUAUGCUGGUUUAGCGGAAUCGCCGAAUUCAAGAAAUCUUCAAAACCCACGUACGUGUUUGCUGAAAGCUGAAAUCCCAAGGUAACGAGGUGGUAAGGCCAAGAUGCAAUCGUCUGCGACAAGUAAGAAUGCCUAUGACAACAUUGUAUAUUAUCAAAAUCUCCUGCUGAAGAAAGAAGGCCUAAAUAGCUGGGUGGAGUACUGGGCCGUUAUCAGAGGGAGGUGGUUACUCUUCUACGAGCCAGUAGAAAAGGGCGCAAGACCUACGAAACUUGUGAAAACGUUAGAGUUACCAAACGGGACAAAGUGCUCCAUGGUUCCUAGAUCCAAGCGUAGAUUCCCUUUUUCAUUGAAUAAUGGUCACGGUAGCUAUUACUUGAAAUGCGAAACAGAACUUCAACGUUACACGUGGGUUGUUUCAACGCUGCUAGCCGCAACCGGUCAGCCUCCGAAACCAGUACCGAGGUCGGUGCCCAAAGACUUUGCCGAGUCAACAAUCGAUCCGAAAAUGGCAAAAUUUGGCAAAAAACUAGAACAUAGUAACCAAAAACUAGAAAGCAAGAAAACCGGACAAAAAACAAACAACGUUAGCAAGCAUAGGAUAAGAUACGCGCAGAGACUUGAAUCCAAGGCGAAACGGUACCUUUCGAAAUCCGAGGAAGAUUUGCGACCGAGCUGUGAGGAAAGUGACGAUGAAAUCGAAGCUCGUCGCCCAUACUCCGCACGUGAUCCGAGACAACAUUAUACAUACUCAAAAGGAUUCAAGGAUAGUUACAGCUUAGGCGCAGGUGCUUACGGAACGAGAAACUCUGACAUAAAAAGCUUGCGAAGAACGAGCAGUCACAGCUCAAGUUCUAUAGAGAUACAUGCCCAGGUGCACUCUCCUGAUCCAAUGAAAAUGUCAUCAAAGUACCCAGUCCGGUCAAUUGAAGAUGAGGAAACCCCCGUCAUGAGCAUCGUCCAAAUCGAUAAUGACGAAUAUGGAACUGUUCACGUGAUAAGUCCGGACGAUGCACUUCCCAAUAUGGUUGUCGAAGAAAGAAAACGAGCAGUCCCGAAAUCUGCUCGCACAAACAAAGAAAACGACCGUUCCCGGGGAUUGACGAUUCCACAUCAAAUGGUCCAUUCACACAGCAUGAAUGACCUGGGUAAAACCAACCAGGCUAUGAGCAUGGACGAUGAGGUGGUCAGGAUCGAAGCAAUGCCCCUUGGCACUAGUAACCGAACUCGGACUGGACUAUCCGGCUUGUCUUCUCCUAGGAUCACUAAUAAGAAGAAUCAUGCAGAAACAGUUUCGAAGGAAAAGGCUGCGGAGAGGUUCAAUCCAAGAAAAGGAAACUCUCCUAGAAGUCCGGUUCCAAAAUCAAGAUACUCGAGAUACAACAUCCCUUCGAGUGAAGCCUAGCCAUGGGAGUUAUCACGAAACGGAACUAUUGGCUAUGGAUGAAUCGAUGUAAGGACUACUCAGUUUCAAAUGUUACCAGCUUUAUAAAGGCCCACAAAUGAAUCGGCUAACAGAUUAGGAUGAGAACAACGAGCUGUUUUCUAUUAGUUGUUCUAACUUCCUGAAAAAACCGAAGUGUAACAUGAAGAAUCAAACUGUUGUAGUGCAUUGAUAUGAUCCAAAGUCAAAGACCAUACACUAAGAUUAAACAUUGUCGUAAUUCAGAAAACUGAAUUCUUUCUUGCACGUUUAUUCGUUUCUGAAAAUUAUGCAUACUUGACGGCAAAGUUUAAACGUUUCGAAUAAUCUCUCGAUCCAUAUUUGUUCACACAUUUUGGUUAGAAAGCCAACUCUGCUUACCUCCAUAUUGUCGAGUUAUCCUUCUGUAUUGUGGAUAAAACCAAGGCUGAGCCUUCACUAGAUUUUUGAGUGUGAGCAGGACUUGAAUGUAUAAAUAAAAAUGUUUGUGUGUACAUCUAUACUAGAUUUUUGACAUGAUCCUUGACAAGGAGUUUUACUCUAAAUAGCUUAACUUUAAUGUAAAUUAAUUGUUCCUAUCUAAAAUGGGGUUUAACAUCCAUUUUAGGGUUUUAACAUAUGAGAUCCUGACUUUGUUUUGCCAUGCGAAUAUUCAACUGGAAAAUUCUCACCAGUAGGGAAAAGGUGUCCAGUGGGCUUGUGUCUUGUAACAUGAGAGUCUAGUCCUACGCUAUGUACGUUCAGCUUGGACUAAAGCUUGGACUAACGUUCAGCUUGGACUAACGCACGCUAUGCUACUAAUGAUGAUAGCUCAAGGCUUCGUUCACAUUUCUCCUUAUUCGUUUCUCUCCGUUUUCGUUGAUGAAAAUGACGUCCGUUCACACUGAUCCGUUUUUAAGUGAAUAAGUUAUAAAUACCGUAAGUGUUCACACGGCUCCAACAAAAACGAUGUUGGUAGCCUCAUUCUUAAACAGAGACUUUCGCGAUUUCUCUCACAAAGUUGGCCCUAUAAAUAGAAAAUUGGAUGAAAUGAAAUCGUGAAUAAGAUUUGCGUAAAAAACCCUUUUGUUGUCAUUCUAAAAUGUUUGGGAUUUGGCAUGCCAUUUAUGUUGUAGAGUAUUCAGAUGUCUCUAUUUUGGCUGUGUACAUUGAACACGGAGCGUACCCCAUCAUACGCACAGUAUUCACAAGUAUUCGUAUUUAUCUGCAUUUUCAAAUGAAUCUGUUUGAACAAAAUCACUUCACAGAGCAGUUUAAGCGCAAGGCAAAAAUUGGACGAGUUUGACUCCGUUUUCAUAUGAAAACGGAGUGGUGUGAACGUGGGUUACAAACUGCAGCUAGAUUUGUCAUAAAUUACGAUAACAUUUUCCCAGCCUCGACAUUCUCAAAAUGUUUUCGUUUUGAGCUUGAAAAUAAUUCUUAAAGUAUUUUUUUAAAUCUGAUUUGAUUCAGGGGAACAUAGCCACCCUCAAUAAGAAACUACGCAUUUUAAAAAAAAACGAAAUAUGUCAGUUCUGCGAUUACCUUUUUUGAACGUCGCAAAACAGGCAACUGUUGAGCAAAAUGAGACACAAAUUUACAGCAGAGGCUGAGACUACAAUAUUCUUAAAAUUGGAUGAUUCUGAGUCUGGAAAAACUAAUAUACAACAUUAUGAAAAAAGUGUAAUUAAAAAAGGCCGUCAUUUACAGUUCGUUAAACGAAGCUCUCUUUAGUUACAAUUAGGUUUUGAUAAGAUUGUUCAUAAGCCAGACCAAAGUUAUGAAUUAUAGCAUUUUCAUGUUCUUCUUAAUCAGGCUUGCCUAACCAUCAGGCGAAUGGCAAUUAAAUUAAUAAUUAGUUAAAUACUUAUGAACUAUUAUUUGAUACGAUGUUGUUGUAAAAUGUAUUUCUUCAUUGUUCAUGUUGCAAAGAUUUUUACGUGA